ACCCCUUCCCUUCGCUGCUCCCUCAGCAGCUGUGCCCCCAGCAUCUGUCUCCCGGGCGCCCUCCCCCUCACCCCCCGCCUUGCCCAGCUGAGCAGUGGAAGCAGACAGCCAGGCUGCCUAGAAGACUUAUUUGGUGGGGCUUCUGACUGAGCUGGAAACCCAGCAAAGCCUGCCCUUUCUCCCCGCUACACCCCCGACCUACGGGGCAGCCCACCCAGAUCCUCAGAUCCCUGGGUUUGGCAAAUCCUGCUGAAAGUGAGCAGUAGGAGGACUCUCCAAGGCUUCCAGCUUGCCACCUGGAAGAAGGUCACUUUCUUUUGAGCAAAGGAGAUAAUAGGAGGUACCCUGCCAGUGUUCACUGUGACGCUGGGGUGGCAUGAGCCACAGUUGCUCUGGGAGGGUUGUGGCACCUGGGGCUGGGUGGCUCGCCCUAAGCUUGCUCUGACAAAAGAGUUUUGAGUUGGUUUUUUGGAUGAGUCUGCCGAGGAAGGCAGGCUCCUGCAGGAGUCUUGGAGGGUCGGAUGCAGCGCCGGAUGAGGAUGAGGCGUGGCGGAAGAUGCGUUUGGCUCUGCAGACACUGCAUCGGGCAGCAGGGGACUCUGGGAGGCUGGUGCAGCCAGAAGGCAUGGCUCUUGACAGCCUUCUAGUAGAAUCUCUGGAAUUGUGCAUGACAGAAGAGGAAAGAAACUAACGGGUAUUGAGCACCUACUGUGUGCCAGGCCCAGGCCAGGUUCCCCCUACCACCAGCCAGUCUGUGCAGACUUGCUGCCUGCUGUGUCACCGGGAACGCAAAGGCUGGGAAGAAGGCCCUUCCCAGAACGGACUGGUGUUGCAGGGUGAGAAGCUGCCCCCUGACUUCAUGCCAAAGCUCGUCAAGAAUCUCCUAGGCGAGAUGCCUCUGUGGGUCUGCCAGAGUUGCCGAAAGAGCAUGGAGGAAGAUGAAAGGCAGACAGGUCGAGAACAUGCAGUGGCGAUCUCCUUGUCACACACAUCCUGCAAAUCACAGUCUUGUGGGGGUGAUUCUCAUUCCUCUUCGUCCUCCUCUUCGUCGUCCUCUUCCUCAUCCUCCUCCUGCCACGGGAACUCAGGGGACUGGGAUCCUAGUUCGUUCCUGUCAGCACAUAAGCUCUCGGGCCUCUGGAACUCCCCGCACUCCAGCGGGGCCCUGCCAGGUGGCUCGCUCGGGAGCCCUCCUACAAUCCCUGGUGAGGUUUUCCCCAUCUCGGAGCACCACCGGCACUCAGACCUCACUGCUCCACCUAACAGCCCCACCGGCCACCACCCCCAGCCAGCGCCGCUGAUCCCAUCUCACCCCGGAUCCUUUGGCUCACCACCCCACCCGCACCUGCUGCCCACCACCCCAGCAGUGCAUUUCCCUGCCCAGGUUUCAGAAUGCCCUGUUGCUGUGGCUGCUGCCCCCCACACCCCAGGGCCAUGUCAGAGCCCCCACCUUCCCUCCACCAGCAUGCCGCUCCUGAAGAUGCCUCCUCCAUUCUCGGGUUGCAGCCACCCAUGUAGUGGUCACUGCAGCGGGCACUGCAGCGGGCCCCUCCUCCCACCACCCAGCUCUCAGCAGCUCCCUAGCACGCACAGCAGGGACCCUGGGUGCAAGGGGCACAAGUUUACCCACAGUGGCCUGACGUGCCAGCUUCCCCAGCCAUGCGAGGCAGACGAGGGGCUGGGCGAGGAAGAGGACAGCAGCUCGGAGCGUAGCUCCUGCACCUCAUCCUCCACCCACCAGCGAGAUGGGAAGUUCUGUGACUGCUGCUACUGUGAGUUCUUCGGCCACAAUGCGCCACCCGCUGCCCCGACGAGUCGGAAUUAUACCGAGAUCCGAGAGAAGCUUCGCUCAAGGCUGACCAGGCGCAAAGAGGAGCUGCCCAUGAAGGGGGGCGCCCUGGGCGGGAUCCCUGGGGAGCCCGCCGUGGACCAUCGAGAUGUGGAUGAGCUGCUGGAAUUCAUCAACAGCACGGAGCCCAAAGUCCCCAACAGCGCCAGGGCUGCCAAGCGGGCCCGGCACAAGCUGAAAAAGAAGGAAAAGGAGAAGGCCCAGUUGGCAGCGGAAGCUCUGAAGCAAGCAAAUCGUAGUGUUUCUGGAAGCCGGGAGCUGAGGCCUGCCAGGGAGAGUCUUUUGGGGUGGCCCGACCGGGAGCUGGAUCGGGUCAACAGCUUUCUGAACAGCCGUCUACAGGAGAUCAAGAACACUGUCAAGGACUCCAUCUGUGCCAGCUUCAGUAUGUGUGAGCUCAGCGUGGACAGCAAUGGCUUCUCUAAGGAAGGGGCCACUGAGCCAAAACCUCAGAGUCUAGCCCCCUCAAACCCCAGUGGCUCCUCAGAACAAAGGCCUGACAUUAACCUUGACCUGUCCCCUUUGACUUUGGGCUCCCCUCAGAACCAUAUGUUGCAAGCUCCAGGAGAGCCAGCCCCACCAUGGGCAGAAAUGAGAAGUCCCCACCCACCAUGGACAGAAGUGAAGGGCCCCCCUCCUGGUAUCCCUGAGAAUGGGCUAGUGAGGAGGCUCAACACCGUGCCCAACCUGUCGCGGAUGAUCUGGGUCAAGACACCCAAGCCAGGUAACCCUGGCUCUGAGGAGCCAAGCAUAAAGGAGGCCCCUGGUUGCAAGCAGGAGCUGUCUGAGCCUGUGGCCUCAGGUGGGAAGCCACGGAAGGGCAGGAGACAGGGUAGUCAGGCCAAGAAGAACGAGGUGAGCCCAGCUUCCCAGCCCCCAGCCUGCCUUGAGACUCCCAGUGCCAAGGGCCAGGCCCCUAGCCCCAAGCAGCCAAGCAAGGCCCCAGAGCCUCCCAGAGUGGACAGCGGUGCUGAAGCUGGAGAAGGGAGCCAGGGGGCCCAACCAGGACCAGGCUGGGCUGACAGCCCCAAAGCUGACAAGGAGAAGGGCAGCUCCUGGCGAAACUGGCCAGGUGAAGCCAAGGCACGGCCUCUGGAGCAGGAGUCUGGACACCCCCCAGGCCCAGCAAGGCCGCAGAGCUUGCAACAGGGCAAGGGCCGCAGCCGCCGGAGCCGCAACAAGCAGGAGAAGUCCGCCGCCUCCUUGGACGAUGUGUUCCUGCCCAAGGACAUGGAUGGGGUGGAGAUGGAUGAGACUGACCGGGAGGUGGAGUACUUCAAGAGGUUCUGUCUGGAUUCUGCAAAGCAGACGCGUCAGAAAGUUGCUGUGAAUUGGACCAACUUCAGCCUCAAGAAAACCACUCCCAGCACAGCUCAGUGAGCCCCUGCCAGAACCAGCUUCUUAAGGGUGUCCUGAGACCCCAACUGCCAGCCGAAGGUCUACAGUUUUCUCCAUCACAUCCCCACCUACCUGCCCAAGACCCCACUCCCCGGGGCUCCACCAUCCUGGACCAACCAAAAGCUGAAUAGAUGCUGUUCAUGCUGGGGCCCCUCAGGACCUCUGCAGAGCCGCUUCCUGGUGCUACGCAGCCCCCACACUCAGAGCCCGGGGGCUGGGCUGGCCUGUGGGCUUGGGGGCUGAUGGUACUGCUGGCCCAACACUGCUCUUUUUGUGUUUGGUUGUUUUGUUUUUGUUUUACUUGUUUUUCAAUUCUUUACUUUUGAUACUGUGAAAAUCUUUCCUGCCGAAAGAUAAAGCAACAUUUGGACACAGAG